AUGAGGCCGGUUGUGUUGCUGUCAGAGACUGUUUUCUCGGGCACUGUCACCAGUCACGCGAGGGCGGGUUCACCAGAACACAAACAAACGUCACGCGCCGCCCAUGCUCGAGAUAUUUCCGCUCGAAGUUUACAAAGGAACGCUUACUGUGGACACACCUCAGCCAUGAUGACUGGAGAGGAGUUGCAAAUGUUUGAUCUAAGCUCAAAACUGCCUGUCCAGGAGUCAGGUUGCUCAUCUUCUGAAAUGGAACGGAAGACAAUCCUGUCCAGAGAGAAUUCCCACAGUGAUGGUGGGUCAACCAUAUAUGGAGCAGCAGAUUAUACAAGACAAGAUGCAGUUCAAGCAGAAGCUGGUAAGAGUCGCAAUAUGAAAAAACCUCGCCGUGUCCUGCACUUCUCUGAUGGGAUUCUUGAAGAAUAUAGUACAGAAGAUGAGGAGGAGGAAGAGAGUAAGCCAGAUUCUUUAGCUGUGACAGAUCCUAAAGCAUUAACAUGGGGUCCAUGGAUCUAUUACUGGAUGCUGUACUCAGGCAGCUCAGUGCUUUCAGCCUGUGACUAUGUAGGUGAAAGCCUGGCAAAUUUCCUGGGCAUUACAGCACCGAAGUACCAGUAUGAAAUUGAUGAAUACAAUCGAGCUAUGGAGGAGGAAGCAAAGUUAAAAGAGGAUGAAGAAGCUGAAAUGGCAGGUUGGACGACAACUGGAGAAUUGUCCACAAAUACAGCAAGUGGAGAGACUGUAUCUUCAGACCCAACUGCCCAACAGUCACAGUCAUCAUUGUGUACUCAGGGACAGUUUCCCACAGUUGGUGUUGUCUAUGUGUUUGAAGAGCAAAACCUCAAAUGCAUAUAA